AUGUCGAAACCCUGCCCUCCGCCAUCACAUCGCCCGGUUGUCCCUCGUCGUGGCGGUCUUUUUCGAGUCGAGGCGUCAACACUGAGCGGCCAUGCCGAGUGCCAGACGGUCAGAGCACAAGUGCACUCCAUUUCUUCCCAAGUACGGAUUAAACCACCAAGCAAUCAUAUCCAGAACUCCUGCAAUUCCAAAACAUGCACUGCCCAUCGCAAUCAGCGCAAACUUGCGGUAAACCUCCCUAGCGAAGCACAGCACAUUCCUUUUCAGCAGCUCACGUCCAAACUCGCAUUCACUCACUCCAAUCCCACCUCCCAAACCAAACCCACUGCAUAUCCAGCUUUCCCAAUCCGCACCCCAUGUCUCCCGCCUUCCCUCUUUCCGUCCGCCCCCUCCCUUCUUCCUAUCAACGCAGACGAUUCGCCCAGGUUAGACGGAUCUGGGGGUUCCAGCCCAAUGCAAUGGAAUUCUGUGGCUUGCGUCGCGAGCUGCACGCGAACGGUGAAGACCGAAUGCAUGCUUUCUCAUUGGAAUGGACGUGGGAUGCCAAUCGCUGGACGAAUUUGUUCAGCAUGUUGCAUUCAAGCUGUCAUCGAGAGCAGUGCAAGGAUACAAGCAAACUGGCGAAUCAGAAUGCGCGGCACGAGGGAGGAGCUGCUGCUGCUGGGUAAAAUGAAGGAGUGCAGAGUUACUGUACCACUGCAUGCUGCCUUGUCUUCUAUCUAUCCAACACCCAAUUCAUUUCCAUCGAACUACCUACCUGUCUAUUCCAUCUCAAACAACCUCAUUCUAUUCUCGUACCCGCAUGCACACAAAGCUUUGAUCCUCGCCGCAACCCUGCCAUUAUCCAUUUCAGGAACAUCUUCGCCUAACCUUAAUCCCAACCUUCCUUUUCUCCCUCCGAGUUCUCAAUCCAAACCCCUAUCCCCACACCCUCAUCUCAGAUCCAAGACAUACGAGGCUAUCAAACAGGCCCAUAAUCCAUAA